AUGGACACAAACAAAGAUUUGACGACCGGUCCCAUCAACGAGGGCGACCUGCACCGACGUAGCGUUGGCACCGUAGAAAUUCAAGAUGCAGCGGGAAGACGGAAGACGGUGACUCUGGAUGAACUCAAUGCUGCAGACAGAGCCCUUGCCGAACAAUUUGGAUAUAAACCUGUCUUCAAGCGGGAAUUCGGCUAUCUCUCCACCUUCUCUUUCGCUGUCAGCAUUUCGGGUCUGUUUGCCACGACGACAACCACAUUCAUCUACCCUCUAGAGGCAGGUGGUUCCGCCUCGGCCGUUUGGUGUUGGCUGAUAUCUGGUGCUGGCUGUAUGUGCAUCGCAUGCUCCGUUGCUGAAUUGGUGUCUGCCUAUCCGACUUGCGGAGGUCUAUACUACACUGUUUCUCGACUGGCACCCAAGCCAUGGGUGCCCUCCAUCAGCUGGGUGACUGGCUGGAUCAAUCUUUUGGGCCAAGUCGCCGGUGUUGCCUCAUCCGAGUAUGGUUCGGCUCAGAUUCUGCUGGCCGCCGUUUCCAUCGGGCGGGAUUUCCAAUGGUUCCCUACCACCAACCAGACUGUCGGAGUUAUGGCUGCAUUGACCGUGCUCAACGGAUUCGUCAAUUCGCUGUCGACCUACUGGAUGGAGAAGAUGACCAAGACCUAUGUUAUCUUCCAUUUUGCCGUGCUCAUCUCGUGCGCCAUUGCUCUUCUGGCCAAGACGGAGCAUAAACAUGACGCGUCCUAUGUCUUCACCCAUGUGGAAGGCAAUGCAGGUUGGACUCCAGUCGGGUGGUCAUUCUUGUUUGGCUUCUUGUCGGUCUCAUGGACCAUGACCGACUACGAUGCCACAGCACACAUUACAGAAGAGAUCAACGAACCCGAGAUCAAGGCGCCGUGGGCUAUUUUCCUUGCCAUGCUUUGCACCUACGUCCUGGGCUGGCUAUUCAACAUUGUUCUCUGCUUCUGCAUGGGAGAUCCGCUUGAGAUUCUAGCCUCGCCCAUCUACCAACCGGUGGCACAAAUCUUCUACAAUUCGCUCGGCAAGGGGGGUGGGAUCUUCUUUACGGUCGCGGCCUUCAUCAUUUUGCAGUUUGUGUGCUUCACCGCGACGCAAGCUUUGGCACGGACCGUAUUCGCCUUCUCUCGAGAUCGCCUAGUUCCCUUCUCCAACAUCUGGACGAAAAUCAACCGAUUCACGGGUACGCCGCUGUACGCCGUCUGGAUCAGCGUUUUCUGGUGUAUUGCCAUCAACCUGAUCGCCCUCGGGUCCUACAUCGCCAUCGCUGGUGUGUUCAACGUCUGCGCCAUCGCGCUGGAUUGGUCGUAUAUCCUCCCAAUCGCCUGCAAGAUGGCUUUUGGGAAAUUCGUGCCAGGCCCAUGGCACAUGGGGAAACUCUCAAUAUGGGUGAACGCGUGGGCGUGUAUUUGGACUCUCUUCGUCACCAUCAUCUUCCUGAUGCCGACCAUUCGACCGGUGACGGCGGAUAAUAUGAACUACGCCAUUGUUUUCUUGGCCUUCAUCUUGGUUUGCGCUGGAGUCUACUGGCUUGCCGGCGGCAAGAAGUUCUACACCGGCCCGGUCAUCGAGGCGGAAAUCCACGAAGACGAAUUGGGAAGUUCAUCAUCUGCCAUCGAUCAGGAGAAGAGGGAUAACGAGCCUCGUCAGCGUGGAGCAGCAGCUGUCGCUUAG